AUGGUGGCCAUGAAGACGAAGGGGCAGGAGGACGAGGCGCCCGAGGAGCGCGUGCCGCACCUGCCGUGGAUGCGGCACCCCGUCGACAUCGACUCCUUCUCCGGCUGCCCCGUCACGAGCCUCCCCCGCCUCGACCCCAGAUUGGCAGAAGCGUUGCAGCGGAUGGGAAUCGAAUCUUUUUUCCCGGUUCAGGUUUCGACAUGGCUGGAAACAAUUGGCCCUGGUGCUUUUCAGAGGGAUAUCUGUAUUAACUCCCCGACCGGGUCCGGCAAAACUCUUGCUUAUGCCUUGCCUAUUGUGCAAAUGCUCUCCACUCGGAAAGUAAGGUGCUUGCGUGCUUUGGUUGUGCUGCCUACACGGGAUUUAGCAUUGCAGGUUAAAGAGGUUUUUGAUGUUAUUGCUCCUGUGGUGGGCUUGACAGUAGCAUCAGCAGUUGGUCAGUCCUCCAUUGCGGAUGAAAUCUCAAAUCUGAUCAAGAAGUCCAAACAAGAGCUUUACCCAUCGCUUGAUGAUGAAUAUGUCGAAAUGGAACCACAGACUAAAGUUGAUAUAUUGGUGGCAACUCCUGGAAGAUUGAUGGAUCAUAUCAACAUGACUAAAGGUUUUAGUCUGGAGCAUCUUCAAUACCUGGUUGUUGAUGAGACAGAUAGGAUGUUAAGGGAGGCAUAUCAGUCCUGGUUGCCAACAGUUAUCCAGUUUACUCGCCCGACUAAUCAAGAUCAUUUCCGGCAUGACACUGCUGGACGAACUCUACUGCAUCCAUUGACCACCAUCAGAAGAUCGGGCGUCGAACGAGGAUUUAAAGGUAAAUGCUAUCCAAGACUGGCAAAGAUAGUCUGUUCUGCUACACUGACCCAAGACCCCAGCAAACUUUCUCAACUUGAGCUGCAUCAUCCUCUGCUGUUGAAUAGUGGAAAGAAGCGUUACAGAAUUCCUACAAAGCUGGAGUCCUACAAGCUGAUUUGUACAUCAAACAUAAAGCCGCUGUGCCUCAUUGUUCUUCUCCAAGAGCUGCGUGGGGAGAAGUGCUUGGUUUUUACCAAAUCUGUAGAUGAUAGUCACAGACUAAGCACUUUACUGGGAUUUUUUGAUGACUUGCCCUUUAAGUUUAGUGAAUUUUCAAGUUUGCAGCGUGAAUCUACUCGAAGGAAGACGUUGGCAGCCUUCAAGGAAGGGAAAAUAGAUGUUCUCAUUGGCUCAGAUAUAAUGGCUCGAGGAAUACAUAUUGACGGUUUGAGAUAUGUUAUCAACUAUGAGAUGCCGCAGUAUGUGAAAACAUACAUCCACCGAGCAGGCCGAACUGCCAGGGCAGGCGAAUCUGGUUCUUGCUUCACGUUUUUAAGGAAAAAUGAGGUUAAAAGAUUUGCCAAGAUGCUGAAGAAGGCAGAUGGUUCUAGCUGCAUCCUUCGCUCGCUACCCGAGGAAUCAAUAGAUAGCCUUCGCCCAGUUUUUGAGACCGCUCUGGAGAAACUGAAAGAUAAAUUGAAAGGGUCUGCCGAACCAGAAGCAUCGAAGAAAUCCAACAAGUCGGGAGAUAAAGCGCCGGGAGCUUUGAAAAGAAAGAGAGGCAAGCAAACGUGA